AUGUCGACCAACGACCAGCUCAAGCAGGCCAUCGUUGACAGCGUCGAGCAUGGCGCUUACCCUGAGCCUGACAUCUCGUCAGCCGAAGUACCCUCCGCCCUCAUCCCCGACCUCUUGGCCGAUCUCCAGAAAGCUCGGGACGAAGUCAAGACAGACAUUCGGAGUUUGAGUAAAGAUAUCGCGCCCGACGUUGACGGAUGGAUCGCUCAAGCAAAAAAGCUUCAAGCCGACAUUGAACGAUCCAAGGCGACAGCACGGGACAUUGUAGCUCAAGCCGAAGCUGGCAAGGCCUUGAAAGAGAAGACACACGAUGCUGCGAACAAAGUUCGCUUGCUUGAGAAAGAGGUCGCCUUCAACGAGUCCCUGGCUACCACUCUGGACUUGAUCAGGUCGUCAUGUCGCAUACUGGACAACGCCGACCAAGCAUACGUCAACAACGAUUUACGCACUGCCCUUGAUCACCUGAAGCAAUGUGAUGAGUCUAUCACUGCUCUAUCUGCCGUUCAGGAUACACGAGCGGUCGGUUUGCUGCAAACACGCAGCUCACGCUUCAAAUCAAACUUCCUGGACAAGACAACAGCCCUCGCCCAGUCGCUCAUACAAUGCGAUACCGACUCUCGCUCCGUCAGAAUCAGAGACCAAAUCCCUGAUGUACCAUCUGUCGACUUGACACUGAUUGUGGAUACGCUGGAAUAUCUUGGAGGCCUGGACGUCUAUAUCAGGCGCUUGAAACGUGACAUAGAAUUCGCCCUCUUCAACCCACGUCUCUCCACAAAAUCUGGCCAACACACAGUGUUCGAAGUUAGUGACGGUUCUAUCAGUGUGUCCAAGUCAACUUCUAGACCCGACACUAUUGCUACAUUGGAUGACAUCUGGACAGCCUUGGACUUCUUGUCAACUCAUCUGCCCAAGUCUAUUUGCGAACCAUUGUCCCAGAAGCUAUUACCGUUCUUGUUCGAGACACUCACAUAUACCUGGCUCGACCAGACUGUCCCUGUACAAAUUGAGCAGAUGCCUGUCUUUCAACAAAUCCUGGAUCGUGUAUCGAGACUUGCCGAACAGAUCGAUGGUCUCAACUGGUCCAGUACUGCUCUGUUGAAGGACUGGGUACAGAAUGCUCCAAGAACAUGGCUUUCGAAACGCAGGGAAACGGCACUUGGUGCAGCAAGAAGCCUGUUGUUUUCUGGGCUCAGAGACAGGAAAACUGUCGAGAGAGUCGAGACGCAGACUGUGUCAAAAGGAGAUGCUAUUAUGGGUGGUACUGACGUUGACGAAGCAGAUGAUGCUUGGGCCGCUGACUGGGAUGAAGACACUCCAGAGACGAAAGAAGUCGAGACCAAACAGCCUGAACCUUCAACGAAUGAUGACGACGAUGAUGGCAGUGCCUGGGACAUGGAUGAUGACGAUGCAGAAGCACCCACAGAAUCGAAAGACAAUGCAGAAAAUCAAGAGGAAGACGAUGCAGCAGAUGCUUGGGGUUGGGGAGACGAUGAACAAGCCACGGACGAAGCACCGAAGCCAGACUCUCCCAAGAAGAUGACAAAGGCUGCUCCGACGGAUCAAUCUACACAAUCUGGCGACAGGGAACUCACGCUACGAGAGACCUACACAGUGACGGCAGUGCCGGACGGUAUGCUCGAAAUUGUCAUGCAAGUUGUGUCGGAUGCCGAGACCUUGACAGAUCCUAGCUACUCAGGAUCACCCAUAGGACCAGCAGCCUCCGCACUAUACACUUUGCCGACAUUUGUACUCGCCAUGUAUCGGGCUACAGCAUCAACAGCUUACAGCAAACUGGAUUCUGGCAAUAUGCUGAUCUACAACGAUGCAUCUCGAUUGGCUGAUCAGAUCCGAACUUUCGUCAAUAAGCAAGCAGAGAAAGACGCAAAAUCAACGUUACCAAAUCACCUACGACCAUCGUCACGACUUAGACUGGACAAUGACAUCAAAGCGUUGGAGACAUUCGCCAAGAGAGCAUACAGUGCUGAGAUGGAGUCGCAGCGUACAAUCAUCCGAGAUAUGCUUGACGGAGCUCAAGGCUUCUCCAACUGCAAUGCCGAACCAUUCGCAAGCGCGUGCGACAGUGCAGUAAGCAUCACUGAGGGACGACUGCGUGACGUGCACAAGCAAUGGACACCGAUUCUGUCACGAUCCGCAUUGUUGCAGUCUUCAGGAUCUUUACUCAGCACAACGAUAAGCAAGAUGAUUAUGGAGAUUGAAGAGAUACAGGACAUUGGUGAAGAGGAAUCGAAGAAGCUUCGCCAAUUCUGCGACAAGAUUUCAGAAGUCAAGGAUUUGUUCAUGCAAGAGCAUCCAGAAGGUGGAGAGGCGAGUGACAUGACGGGAAUUUACUGCCCAAACUGGUUCAAGUUCCAGUAUCUGGGAGAAUUGCUGGAGAGCUCACUCGCAGACAUCAAAUAUCUAUGGACGGAAGGCGAGCUGAGACUUGAGUUCGAUGCAGACGAAGUGACAGACUUGAUCGAGGCACUGUUUGCGGACAGCGAUUACAGACGCAAGGCAAUAGCGGACAUUAGAAGAAACUAG